GAUCUUUUUACUCUACCACAAACAGGAGUAAGAGAAAUAGGAGCAGGAUAGACUAGGUUGUGGUCAGAAACUAUAAUGUAGUAUACUGCAGAGCUGGAGCCACUCUGAUUCAGACUAAUACCAGGAAACCUUGUAUGGUGUCUUUGAGUAAUUAGCCAGUUAGGCCACAUGAUGGCAGCAAUGCAUUGCACACAUGACUGACACUCUAUCACAUUACCCAGAGCUCUGAAAGGAGAUAAGGUGUGUAUGAACAUGGCCAAUGUGUGUUUGUAAAGUUCAUAAUCACAACACAGAGCAGGAGUACACAAACCUCUGCCCACACACACACGUCAAAGAGACUGAAAGUAUAUAUAGUCAUACUGUGCUUAUGUAGACCCCUUUGACCUUAGUCAUGUAAGUGGCUCAUGUUGUUGCCAAAUAUUAUGUACAUACUGUAGAUAGUGUCACUUAGCAACUGCCAUAGUGGAAAGGAAGUGCAGUGUAGUGUACGGAUGUGGGUUUCCACAUAAGGAAUUUGUGACAUAUGAUCUUGAGUAGGGAAGUGCAAUGAAACACACAAGCUAGUGCAUUCCGUCAGUAGCUAUAACCUUCUAAAGACUGCACAAGAGCAAGUUGAGUUUAUGGAGUCUGUGACUGUUAGGUGUCUUGUCUCACUAUUGCUACCCUGGACUAUUCAAACUGGUGAGGCCUGCAUCCCAGGAUUGCUCAGUCUGGAAGAUUUACAGGCAGUUGAGCAAACUGAUAUGCAGCCAGCAGAAGCUGACAGGCAAUGGAUAUUCCCCAGUCUUCAGUUCUCCUGUACGGUCAACCUCACUGGAUGGAUAUUCACAGAGACAUCCGAGGAUGUUGUGUGUCCAACUCUGCAGUUGUGGGAUAAUUUCACUGCCACUACUAGCAUCACCACUGACUUCAUAUUUCGUGCGUCUUUGACAACUGACAGUUUUACAGACCCAACAAGUGUAUCUCAGUUUGUCUACAGCUGUACUCUGAAAACUCCAAUAGUAGUUGAUGUUGGAACUGUACUAGGCUUUCUAACCAGAUCACCCAGCGAGACUGUACCAAAAUCUAAUGUUAUGUUUUUGCUAAGUGGAAACUUAACAGGUUACAGCAAAGGAAUUCUGUCUGCAGCUACUAUAUUCAAUACUGCAGCAGUACAAAGCACUACUAUCUUCUGGAAUAACUCCUCUCAUCACUCCCAUCAUUGCAGAUGAACCUUCACAAACAACAACCACAGAAGAAGCCCCUACUACUCAGCAGCCAGCGUCAACCUCAGUCCAGACUGAUGACCAACCAUCUCCUGAACCAUCAACACCAUUCUUACCAGUCACUAACUCUCUCACUGCGACAUCUGAGAGCCCACCAUCUAAAGAACGUUCUCGUCCGAAGUCUGACAAUGUACCACCAGUGGUUGUGGGGAUGAUUGUGACCGCCGUCACCAUCCUGGUGAUUGCAGCAUUGGUGUUCCUCAUUGUGAUAUUACUAGUUGUUAGACACAAGAGGUCAUCACCUGAAAAAACCAGCACGGUUGAGAAAGAUGCAGAAGACCCAAGUUAUAAAUUGACACGAGUUAAAAGCAUAAACAACUAUGCCAGCACCCCGAUAUACGAGGAUGUAAGUGAAAUAGAUCCGAAAGUUUCAAGAGAGGAACACGACUAUGAAUUCAUCAGGUCUGUCAGACAUAGAGAGCCUGAGAAAUAUGAAAUUCCCCAGAGCAGCCCCAGUUCAUCUCAGAACGGCUCAGAACAUGAAAAUCCAGAAGACCUGAUAUAUGAAACACCUCUGGACACCAGUGGACCAGUAGAAGGGAAUACAUCAGUAGUAGAGAUUGGAUAUGACGCUCCUCUGCAUACACAGACCCAGCUAAGUUGCAAGAAUGCGGUAACAGGAGAGACGGGGUAUGAUACUUCAGUUGACACACAGACUGUGCCAAGUACAAAAGGAGGACGUGGGUAUGAUACUCCAAUGGAUGCACAAUUAAUAGUGGUGAACAGAAACACAGAAGUGAAAGACAACGAGACUUCAGUCGAUGUUGGCCCACCUCAGUUGGACAAUAGUGGUGUUUAUGAAGAUGUCGACUUUGCUUCAUAGCUGCUUACUCAUCCAUUACUGCUAUGUUACACCUACACCUCUGUUGGCAUUCAUGCAUCAUAAGGUGUUCCUGAAAUUUAAAGUAUUCACCAAAUCAAUGUAUACUGGCAUCCUUUUUGGGA